GACCGGUGAUAAAUACUAUCUACCGACGUCACGGACUUCGCGGAAGGAUGCUGUCCGUGGUCCUGACAUGUUCCAAACUUCUCACAGCAGCUUCCUUUCGAGUCUCCAUUAAUUCCAGAGCGGGAGGGAGAGAGGCAACUGCUCUUUAUUUUCAGAUUGCGUGGGAGAGUGCGCCCUCUGUGAACGUGUACACGUCAUCAAUACGCGUCUCAAUAAGCGGGAGUUUGAGAAGAGGAAGAAGUUUCAAAACAACCAUUGGCUCCGUAACUGGCUUGAAUAUCAAAGCAGUGAUGUCUCAGAGAAAGAGACCAUCCAACGUACAGAGCUCCCAGAGCAAAGGAGCACGGCAUUCAGAGGUAUUGCUAGGUGGUGGUGGUGGUGAUGAUGAUGAUGACGAUGAAGAUGUGACCUUCACCCAGCCCAGUACAUCUCAGGUGCAAAGAGGUCUGGCGAGACUGACACCUGCUCAGGUGGACCUGAAGACAGCUGAGGUGGUCCAGUUCAUCUUCGUUAAGGACCAGAAGAAGAUCCCCAUACGCAGGGCAGACAUUGUCAAACAUGUUGUGAAAGACUACAGGAACAUCUACCCUGAGAUCAUGAAGAGUGUAGGCCGUACGUUAGACACUGUUUUUGGUUUGAUGCUGAAGGAGGUUGACGUGAAGAACCAUGUCUAUAUCCUCAUUAAUAAACUGGAACCACCAGGAGGAGAACUGCUCAACAUGACUCCCAGUAACCCAAAGAUAGGCCUACUCUUUGUCAUCCUUGGUAUCAUCUUCAUGAAGGGUGGCGUGGUCAAAGAGAGUAUGGUCUGGAAUACUCUGAAGAAGCUGAGAGUGGACCCAGGAGACAGACACGAGGACUUUGGAGACGUCAAGAAGGUUGUUACUGAUGAGUUUGUCCGUCAGAGGUAUCUGGAGUAUGUGCGCAUCCCUCACACAGAACCACUUGAGUUUGAGUUCCGUUGGGGUCAGAGGGCAGACACAGAGGUGUCAAAGGUCAAACUACUGGAGUUCAUGGGCCAGCUUCAUGAUCAAGACCCUCAGAGCUGGACUCAACAGUACAGAGAUGCCACUUCCUCGCAGACCGUCCCUGUCAGCCAGAGAUAGUUGUUACUGCAUUUUAACUAGUCUUCUAAUGUUACUGGGAAAGGAGAAAUGGUGGAGGAGAAAUGGCAAUUGUCUGAUUCAGUAUUCCUGCUUUCCUCUGUUUGUGCUGGGCUGUUGUGUUUCUGUUGGAUUCAUCUAUUUCUUUAGGAGUUGCAUACUAAGAGAAUUUUCUUAAUUUAACCUUGACAAUAAAAAUAUUU